AUGGAUCGUAUCAGCAAUCUACCAGACGAGGUUCUGUGUCAUAUCUUGUCUCUUCUCCCAACAAAGGACUCUGCUUUAACAUCGGCGCUCUCAAAGAGAUGGCUCAAUCUCUGGAAACUCGUUCCUCAUCCGGAAAAAGGUAAAGGAGAAAGGGACGAAAUUCGACAGAGCUUCGUCGAUUUCGUGGACAGUGUCCUCGCUAGGCAGGGUGAUUCCCCCGUAGAGAAAUUCACCCUCAAGUGUAUAACUGGUAUCCAUCCAGAUAUCGUGAACCGUUGGAUACGCAACGUGGUGCAGCGUGGUGUUUCGGACCUUACUCUAAACACUGAUUUUUCCUACACGAACACCGACGAAGAUGGCUAUCGUCUGCCUGAAGAGAUGUUCUGUAGUAAGACACUGGUUACGCUUAGGUUGAGAAGUGAAAACUGCGUUGAUUGGUGGCAUCCAGAUAUGGGCUCUUCACUACCAAUGCUUAAGAAACUCGACAUCAACUCUGAGGUUAUAUUCUGUGGUGAGAUUGAGGAGUUUGUUCCUUCUUUCCCUGCGCUUGAGGAUUUGCGAAUGUCUAACAUGGAGUGGCCGGAGUUGGAUGUAACCGUGUCGAGUGAAAGCAUCAGGAAGCUGAGUCUCCACGGGACCGGUUGUGAACCGAUGAAGUUCUGGCAAAAUCCAAAGAGCUUUUCUUUUGAUACACCGAGUCUGCUUUCCUUGAACUACUCUGAGUUGGUUGCGGAAGAUUAUCCAGUGGUUAAUAUGGAGAAUUUGUUGGAGGCUCGGAUCAACCUUAUAGUGACUGAUGGUCAGAUCAAGCGGUUGAGAGGGACACUUGAUGAUGAUGAGGAGUUAAAGGAUGGUGAAGCUGAGGAAGGUGAUGUUGUUCUCCAUUUUGGCAAUGUGGUGAAGCUCAUGUAUGGCAUACGCAAUGUUCGGAAACUUUGCUUGCCUGCUGAUACUCUCGAGGUGCUUUCUCAAUGCUGUGAAUCGAUGCCUGUGUUCAACAACAUCAUAUUCUUAGGUGUUACGAGUGAGCCGAAUCGUGUGUGGCAAGCAAUGCCUGGUCUUCUAAGGAACUGUCCACAUUUGGAAACUAUAAUCUUUCAGGGUCUUUUGCAUCAUGUCACAGAUAAAUGUGGAGACGCUUGUCCCUGUAUAUCUUGGGAGGACAAAGGUCGUUCACUGACAUCUUGUCCGGUGAAAAUGAUAGAGAUUCAAGGGUUUCGAGGAACAAUGAAAGAGAUGACCAUGAUUAAGCACUUCUUGGACUAUCUUCCUUGUUUGAAGUUGAUGAAGAUCUAUAUUGAAGAGCAUGAACCUACACAGCUCAGAAACCGUGAAGUGUCUAACCUUGUAUUGGAGAUGUUUGAACUCUACAACAAGUUAUCGAGUUGCGAUGUCCAGCUCCUGGCGAGUGAUUUCUUGGAUGAGAAGCUUACUGCACAAGGAUAUAUCUGA